GCCGCCGACGCCCGCGCUUCUUCGGUCUCCCGGCUUCCUCCACCGCGUCCCGGGCUCGGCCGCCAUGUCCACCAGCGAGGAGGUUGACGGGCUGGGCGUGGCUCGGCCGCACUAUGGCUCUGUCCUGGAUAAUGAGAGACUUACUGCAGAGGAGAUGGAUGAAAGGAGGCGUCAGAAUGUGGCUUAUGAAUACCUCUGUCAUUUGGAAGAAGCAAAGAGGUGGAUGGAAGCGUGCCUCGGGGAAGAUCUGCCUCCAACCACAGAACUGGAGGAGGGGCUGAGGAAUGGCGUCUACCUGGCCAAACUUGGCAACUUCUUCUCACCCAAAGUGGUAUCCCUGAAGAAAAUCUACGAUCGAGAGCAGACCAGAUACAAGGCGACUGGCCUGCACUUCAGGCACACUGACAAUGUGAUCCAGUGGUUGAACGCCAUGGAGGAUAUUGGAUUGCCUAAGAUUUUUUACCCGGAAACUACAGAUAUCUAUGAUAGGAAGAACAUGCCUAGAUGCAUCUACUGUAUUCAUGCACUCAGUUUGUACCUGUUCAAACUGGGCCUGGCUCCUCAGAUUCAAGACUUGUACGGAAAGGUUGACUUUACAGAAGAAGAAAUCAAUAACAUGAAGAUUGAGUUGGAGAAGUAUGGGAUCCAGAUGCCUGCCUUCAGCAAGAUUGGGGGCAUCCUUGCUAAUGAACUCUCAGUGGAUGAAGCUGCAUUGCAUGCUGCUGUUAUCGCGAUUAACGAAGCUGUGGACCGGAGAAUCCCUGCAGACACAUUUACAGCUCUGAGGAACCCCAAUGCCAUGCUUGUGAAUCUUGAGGAGGUUUUGGCUUCCACUUACCAGGAUGUACUUUACCAGGCCAAGCAGGACAAAAUGACAAAUGCUAAAAAUAGGACAGAAAACUCGGAUCGGGAAAGAGAUGUUUACGAGGAGCUGCUCACUCAGGCGGAGAUUCAGGGCAAUAUAAACAAAGUCAAUACUGUCUCUGCAGUCGCAAACGUGGACCAGGCUUUAGAUCAGGGAGCCGCGCCAGCAUUGCUGAGGGCUCUGCAGUCCCCGGCCCUGGGCCUGCGGGGGCUACAGCAGCAGAAUGGGGACUGGUACCUGAAACAGCUCCUCAGCGACCGGAAGCAGAAGCGACAGGGAGGGCAGACCGAUCCCCUGCAGAAGGAGGAGCUGCAGACUGGAGUGGAGGCUGCAAACCUUAGCGCCCAGCAGUAUCAGAGAAGACUGGCUGCAGUGGCAGCCAUCAAUGCCGCCAUCCAGAAGGGAGCUGCCGAGAAGACUGUUCUGGAGCUCAUGAACCCUGAAGCCCAGCUGCCACAGGUGUACCCAUUCGCUGCUGAGCUCUAUCAGAAGGAGCUGGCCACACUGCAACAGCAGAGCCCUGAACAUAGUCUCACCCAUCCUGAGCUCUCUGUGGCAGUGGAGAUGCUGUCCUCGGUGGCCCUCAUCAACAGGGCACUGGAGUCUGGAGACAUGAACACAGUGUGGAAACAGCUGAGCAAUUCAGUGACAGGCCUCACCAACAUCGAAGAGGAGAAUAGCCAGAGGUAUCUUGAUGAGCUGAUGAAACUGAAAGCGCAGGCACAUGCUGAAAAUAACGAGUUUAUUACAUGGAAUGACAUCCAGGCCUGUGUGGACCAUGUGAACCUGGUGGUGCAAGAGGAACAUGAAAGGAUUUUAGCUAUUGGCUUGAUCAAUGAAGCACUGGAUGAAGGAGAUGCCCAGAAGACUCUGCAGGCACUGCAGAUUCCUGCAGCCAAGCUUGAGGGCGUCCUUGUGGAAGUGGCCCAGCACUACCAAGAUACACUGAUCAGAGCCAAGCGGGAGAAAGCCCAGGAGACCCAGGAUGAGUCAGCUGUGCUAUGGCUGGAUGAGAUCCAAGGCGGAAUUCAUCAGUCCAACAGAGACACCCAGGAAGCCCAAAAGUUUGCCUUAGGAAUCUAUGCCAUCAACGCGGCAGUGGACAGCGGAGAUGUUGGCAGAACUCUGAGUGCCCUUCGCUCCCCCGAUGUGGGCCUAUAUGGGGUUAUUCCCGAGUGUGGUGAAACUUACCAGAGUGACCUUGCUGAAGCCAAGAAGAAAAAACUGGCUGUGGGAGACAAUAGCAGCAAGUGGGUGAAGCACUGGGUGAAAGGUGGAUAUUAUUAUUACCACAACCUGGAGAGCCAAGAAGGAGGCUGGGACGAGCCCCGGGGCUUUGUGCCGAAUUCCAUGCAGCUCUCUCGGGAGGAGAUCCAGAGUUCCAUCUCUGGGGUGACGGCUGCAUAUAACCGGGAACAGCUUUGGCUGGCCAAUGAGGGCUUGAUCACCAAGCUGCAGGCUUGCUGCCGGGGGUACCUCGUUCGACAGGAAUUCCGGUCCCGGAUGAAUUUCCUAAAGAAACAAAUCCCUGCCAUCACCUGCAUCCAGUCGCAGUGGCGAGGCUACAGGCAGAAGAAGGCAUACCAAGACCGGCUGGCUUACCUGCGUGCCCACAGAGAUGAAGUGAUAAAGCUGCAGUCCCUAGCAAGGAUGCACCAAGCCCGAAAGCGCUAUCGAGACCGCCUGCAAUACUUCCGAGACCAUAUAAAUGACAUCAUCAAAAUCCAGGCUUUCAUUCGCGCAAACAAAGCCCGUGAUGACUACAAGACCCUCAUCAAUGCCGAGGACCCGCCUAUGAUUGUGGUUCGAAAGUUUGUCCACCUGCUCGACCAGAGUGACCAGGAUUUUCAGGAGGAGCUGGAUCUCAUGAAGAUGCGGGAGGAGGUUAUCACCCUUAUCCGCUCUAAUCAGCAGCUGGAGAAUGACCUCAACCUCAUGGACAUCAAGAUUGGACUGCUGGUGAAGAACAAGAUCACACUCCAGGAUGUGGUUUCUCACAGUAAGAAACUCACCAAGAAAAAUAAGGAGCAACUGUCUGAUAUGAUGAUGCUGAGUAAGCAGAAGGGCGGGCUCAAGGCUCUGAGCAAGGAGAAGAGAGAGAAACUGGAAGCUUAUCAGCACCUGUUUUAUUUACUGCAGACCAACCCCACGUACCUGGCCAAGCUGAUUUUUCAGAUGCCCCAGAACAAGUCUACUAAGUUCAUGGAUUCUGUAAUCUUCACCCUCUACAACUAUGCAUCCAACCAGAGAGAGGAGUACCUGUUGCUGCGGCUCUUUCAAACUGCGCUGCAGGAGGAAAUCAAGUCAAAAGUAGAUCAGAUUCAAGAGAUUGUGACAGGAAAUCCUACAGUUAUUAAGAUGGUUGUGAGUUUCAACCGUGGUGCCCGGGGCCAGAAUGCCUUGAGACAGAUCUUGGCCCCUGUCGUGAAGGAGAUUAUGGAUGACAAAACUCUUAACAUUAAAACCGACCCCGUGGACAUUUACAAAUCAUGGGUUAACCAGAUGGAGUCACAGACAGGAGAGGCAAGCAAACUGCCCUACGACGUGACCCCCGAGCAGGCACUGACACAUGAAGAAGUGAAGACCCGGCUCGACAGCUCCAUCAGGAACAUGCGGGCCGUGACCGACAAGUUCCUCUCAGCCAUUGUCAGCUCUGUGGACAAGAUCCCUUAUGGGAUGCGCUUCAUCGCCAAAGUACUGAAGGACUCGUUGCAUGAGAAGUUCCCCGAUGCUGGUGAGGACGAGCUGCUGAAGAUUAUUGGUAACUUGCUUUACUAUCGGUACAUGAAUCCAGCCAUUGUGGCUCCUGAUGCAUUUGACAUCAUCGACCUGUCGGCAGGAGGCCAACUCACCACCGACCAACGCCGGAACCUUGGCUCCAUUGCCAAAAUGCUGCAGCAUGCAGCUUCCAAUAAGAUGUUUCUGGGAGAUAACGCUCACUUAAGCAUCAUUAACGAAUAUCUUUCCCAGUCCUACCAGAAAUUCAGGCGGUUUUUCCAGUCUGCUUGUGAUGUCCCCGAGCUUCAGGAUAAAUUUAAUGUGGAUGAAUACUCCGAUCUGGUGACCCUCACCAAGCCGAUCAUCUACAUCUCCAUCGGGGAGAUCAUUAACACCCACACGCUCCUGUUGGAUCACCAGGACGCCAUUGCGCCAGAACACAAUGACCCAAUCCACGAGCUGCUGGAUGACCUGGGCGAGGUGCCCACCAUUGAGUCCCUGAUCGGAGAAAGUGCUGGCAAUGUAAAUGACCCAAGUAAGGAGGUACUGGCUAAGACAGAAGUGUCUCUCACAUUGACCAACAAGUUUGAUGUGCCCGGGGAUGAGAACGCAGAAAUGGAUGCUCGGACCAUCUUAUUGAACACAAAACGGUUAAUCGUGGAUGUCAUCCGCUUCCAGCCAGGAGAGACCCUGACAGAAAUCCUGGAAACAGCAGCCACCAGUGAGCAGGAAGCGGAGCAUCAGAGGGCAAUGCAGAGACGUGCUAUUCGUGAUGCCAAGACCCCUGAUAAAAUGAAGAAGUCCAAGUCUGUGAAAGAGGACAGCAACCUCACGCUUCAGGAGAAGAAGGAGAAGAUCCAGUCAGGCCUAAAGAAGCUCUCUGAGCUUGGGACCAUCAACCCAAAGAACAGAUACCAGGAGCUGAUCAACGACAUUGCCAGGGACAUUCGGAAUCAGCGGAGAUACCGACAGAGGAGAAAGGCGGAGCUGGUGAAAUUGCAGCAGACUUACUCUGCCCUUAACUCAAAGGCCAUCUUUUAUGGCGAGCAGGUGGAUUACUACAAGAGCUACAUCAAAACCUGCUUGGACAACUUAGCCAGCAAGGGCAAGGUCUCUAAAAAGCCGAGGGAAAUGAAAGGGAAGAAAAGCAAGAAGAUCUCUCUGAAAUACACAGCAGCAAGACUGCAUGAGAAGGGGGUUCUUCUGGAAAUCGAGGACCUGCAAGCUAACCAGUUUAAAAAUGUUAUCUUUGAAAUCAAUCCAACUGAAGAGGUUGGAGACUUUGAAGUAAAAGCCAAGUUCAUGGGCGUUCAGAUGGAGACUUUCAUGUUACAUUAUCAGGACCUGCUACAGCUUCAAUACGAAGGGGUUGCAGUCAUGAAAUUAUUUGAUAGAGCUAAAGUAAAUGUCAACCUUCUGAUCUUCCUUCUCAACAAAAAGUUCUAUGGGAAGUAAUUGAUCAUCUGCUGCCAGCCAGAAGGAUGAAGGCAAGAAGCCUCAGGCCGCCCUUCAGGGCCCUUUCCAGCUCUGUGAAGCAAGGCCCAGCCCGCAGCCUUGCCUCCUGUGAUCACUCCUGGCACCAAGUUUUCAACUCUUCCUGCUCUGGCAGGACCUUCAUUCCCUUUCUUCAUUGUAGUUCAGGCUGUCUGGCCCAUCUUGUUCCCUCAUUUCCUUCUGUCCCUAGGAAAGAUGGAAACACUGCGGAAAUCUGUGUUGUUUUGGUCGUAGAGGUUGCAUUGCUCUAGUGUAUGCUUUGGUGUUUGUUUUAAUCGGCAAUGGGGAUGAUGGGAUUUGACUUCUCUUUAUUAGUAGUGGAAGCUUUUAGUACCAGUGACAUGCUAGAUAGAAGAGACACAGUGUCAGGUUAUCUGUAGUUGUUACUGAAAAGUGAAUUUCUUUGUAUUUCCUUCCCAUCAGUAAAGUUGUUGGUUCUCAUUUUGUUUUCCCUUGGGAGCAAGGAGCUGUGUUCAAUGGAAGCAUUUCUAGAAAAAAAUAGAAUAUCUUUGUGUCUCACCAUUAAACAUGGCAACUCUGUCAGUGUAAUGCUCAUCCGUCAGGUAGGGUUCCAUUGAUUGAAUUCAGCCUCUUGCUUUAGGGUAUUUCUUCUUCAUGUUAGUGGCCAGACAGUACCCAGAUGUUUCCAUGUGGGAAAACAUCUAUUUCAUGCCCUGGCAGAAUGGCUUAGCUCUAGUGUCCUGUGUCAUUGUUUUCAAAGCUGUUUUGUACCUUAAGUGCCUUACUGAAGUGUAGAAUUGUUUCUUAAAAUGUGGGUGAUAGAAAUUUCUAAAGAUUUAUGUAAUGCUUUGAAGGACUUUAGAAUACUGUAAGAAAAGAGAUUUUUUUUAAAAAAAAUUACUUAUCUGUAUAUCUGAACUCAGUACUUUCUUGUAGCUGAAACACUAGGAUUUAUCUAUAGGGCUUCAGGGAAAUAAUCCGCCUUAAAUAGAAUGAAACAAAACCAAAACCAAAGUCAUACUUUUUUUUUUUUUAGAAAAAGCUUCUCUAGGAAAAUAUACUGAAAUCAUGCUACUGAGCCUCUGUUUUCCCUGCUGUUUGGGUUCAGUGUUCUUUUAUCAUGAAACAUAAAACUUAAGAAAAUAAACUAACUUCUAAAAAUUGACCAGUGUAUAUUUAAAGCCAAUGAAUUGUUUUAUUAGUAACAGAUUAUAGACUGUGCCCUCUGACAAGUGAAAGCAUUGGAACAGAUUGUUGAGUGGUCAGGGCCCUGGGUGUGUGUGGCGGGGAGGGGGGUUCUGAGUCUUUCCCAGAAGCAACCUCCACAUGCCUGAUGUCUUUUGCUGUGUUUUGGAAGAUCAUUAUAAAGGAACUGUUUCCUCUGAUUAAAGGCAGAUGCUCAGGGUGUUCUCUCUCUCUCUCUCUUGGAGAUUUGCCCACAUCUUGGGCCUGAGACUGCUCUCUUAGCUCUGGGUCUCAAUUUCUUGUGUGCUUUCAUUGAGAUUCACCCACGUCUCAAUCUGAGACAUGUGCUGUCAACUCUCUCUCUCAUUCUCUAAAAUCCUUUUUUCUCUAAGUAUCUCUAAAAUAGUUUUAUUUCUCUAAAUAAACUAUUUUACUUCAGAAAAUACAAUAAAAGUAAAAGUAGGUGCUAUUUAUUCAAUACCAUUGCCCCUAAAACUAGGGCUAGCCAAAGUGCCAGGGCCCAUCCCUUUUUCCUGAGAGAUACUGAGCCCAAAUGCUCAUCAGAGUGAGGUUCCAACUUCUCUAAUAAAGACAGUGUUUCAGUCAUUUCUAAGAAUUAUCAUUCCCUUGAUAGAACUAUAAACACAGAAGGUCACAGAUGCCCUUGAAACAUUGAGGUGGUUACUAAAUCAAAUUACAGUUCUAAUAGCAUCAAGAAUGCCCCAAUGAACUCAAUUGGUGAGAUUGAAGCCAUGUAGCUUUUCCUACUUUUAUUUUAUCGCUCUAGCAUUCUGUCUCAUCUCUCUCCUUUGACCUUCUCCACCAGCCCUUUGACAUUUACCAUGAGUUUACUUCCUCCCAAGAAUUUGGACUGCCCAUCAGAUUCUUGCUGCACACAAUUGCCUUUGUAUCUCUGUAUGAAAUAAAAGGUCAUUUGUUCA